AUGCCGUCAACAGCGGAGGGCUUCCCGCCCGCCGUGGAGGAGGCGCUGUGCGGCCUCACCGGCGCCCUGCUCGAGCUCUCCUACUGCCUCCAGGCGCUGGGUGAAUUUUUUGAUCAGUCACAUGUGGCCCUACCAAAUGUUUCCAAGUUCUUUCUGCAUCAAGCUACGGAGGAGAGAGAAGCUGCAGAAGCUUUGAUGAAGUAUCAGCAAGAAAGAGGAGGCCACUAUUGUUCUAAAACCAUCCAGAAACCAAGCUGUGAGUAUGCAGUCAGUCUGAUGAAAGCCCUGGAACUUGCAAUGCUCCAGUGGAAAACUAUGACACGGUAUUUUGAAGAGCUUUAUGCGCUGAGCCUGGAAAAUGCAGACCCGCACAGUGCGAGCACUAUCAAGAAGCAAUUCAUUGGGCCCAAAAUCCGGAAGGUCAAGCUGAUGGGAGAUCUUCUUGCCAAUGCUCGCAGGCUUGACUGUUCCCAAGAUGGCAGAAACAGUCUUGGGGAUUACUUCAUGGACCGCUUCCAGAAAGAGUUAAGAACAGGCAUAGAUCCAGAGCCUAGUAAGCGGUGUAGCCCCUGCCCACCUCUCCAGCAAUGCACAGGAGCUGCAGAGGCUCUGAAGCGCCCCCAGAGAGAAUUCUCCCAGCACAGGAACGGCAUAGGGCCAAUAUAUGCAACCGUGUAUUGCACUGCCUCAGUGCCACAGUGCAAUGAUGGGACAGGAGCAAAAGUGAAGCAGGGCAGGGAGGGACUCUAACGCUAUGGCUGUUGGAGCUAUGGAGCAACUCCUAGGGCUCAUCUCU